AUGAGUCAGAGACUAGUUCAACAAACUUCAAGACUAUCUUUAGUCUCCUCAAGACAUGAGAACUCUACUGCUCGUCCAAGACUAUCACGUAACUGUUCAAAUUGUGUCUGCUCCCCAGGGUUGCUCUCACGUCAAAACAGACGAGCUAGUAUCAUUGCUAAACGAAUGAAUUUGAAAAGAAGUUCGACUUCUGGCAGCUUAACUCGUAGUAGCACUCGUGCAAGCUUGAUAGGCGAAGACGAUGAGCUUUGCAAGACUGCCAAAGAAAUAAACACCAGCAAAAGAUUGGAAGCCUUGAGACAUGAAAUGAAGAGCGAGGAUAUUGCCGUGUACAUUGUGCCUUCGGAAGACGAGCAUCAAUCAGAGUACGUGUCGCCAAAAGAUCAAAGAAGAAGCUUCAUUUCUGGGUUUUCUGGUUCCGCAGGGAUUGCUGUGAUUACCAGAGAUCCAAUGUCGAUGAAUGACGUUCCCGAUGGUUUAAGUGCUUUGAGUACCGACGGAAGAUAUUUCAUUCAAGCAGAAAAUGAAUUGGAUUUUAACUGGAAAUUAUUGAAACAAGGGGUCAAGGAUCAACCGACUUGGCAAGAAUGGGCUAUAUUAAAUGCCAUUCAGAUGAGUUUAGAUAGUGGGUUGGACAUCAAGAUUGGCAUCAACAGUAAAUUGUUUAAUUACACCCAAUACUCUGAGUUGUCCAAACAGUUAAAAGACCAAGUUUAUAAAACCAUCACCGAAAAGAAGCUAGAGAAGAAUCCACCAUCGAUCGACAUCAUCCCUGUCAAGAGAGAUUUGAUCGAUGCCAUCUGGAGCCAAUUUGAAAUUCCUCCAACUAGACCGGCAUCCAAAUUAAUGAAGCUCACCGAGAACUUUACUGGUGAUUCAGUGAGCUCGAAAAUUUGCAAGCUCAGAAACCUGUUGAAAACCAAAUACUCGCAUACUAAUUUUGUCGUCACCUCUUUGGAUCAAAUUGCGUGGUUAUUGAAUUUGAGAGGGUCUGAUAUUCAAUAUAACCCAAUUUUUUACAGUUUCUUUAUCUUGACUAAUGAUAGGAAUAUUCUCUUUUGUGAUUUGCAAGAACGCUUGGAUGACAACAAUGCCGAUAUUGCCGAGUAUUUGGCCACCAAUGGGAUUGAGGUGAAACCAUACUCCAGCUUUUAUGAUGAAUUAGUCUCAAUUUCCGGUGAUAUCCAAGAAUUUUUGGUUCCAAAUUCUUGUAGCUGGGCAGUUUGUCAACAAUUGAAAUCUAAGUUCAAGCUUAUUGACUCGCCAAUUGAACUCCUUAAGGCGGUCAAGAAUAGCACCGAACUUAGCAACUUUAAAGUGGCUCAUUCAAAGGACGGUAUUGCAUGUAUUAAAUUCUUUGCCUGGCUCGAAGACCAACUUGUGAACAAAGAAGAACUUAUAAAUGAACAUGACGUGGCAUGUCGACAAGAGGAGUUCCGUAAAGAACAGCCAAAUUACGUUGAUUUGUCAUUCGAGACCAUUUCUUCUACUGGAAGUAACGCGGCAAUCAUCCACUAUGCUCCGCCAGUCGAAGGAUCUUCUGUCAUUGACCCAAGUAAGAUUUAUCUCAAUGAUUCUGGUGCGCAGUAUCUCGAAGGUACUACUGAUAUCACCCGUACCUACCAUUUCACCCAGGCAUCAGAAGAAGAAAAACAGAACUAUACCUUAGUCCUCAAGGGGAAUAUCGCGAUAGAGAACUUGAAAUUCCCAGAAGGUACCAACGGAUACAUGAUUGACUCUAUUGCCCGACAAUUUUUGUGGAGGAAGGGCCUUGACUAUAAACAUGGUACUUCUCACGGGGUGGGGGCGUUCCUUAACGUUCAUGAAGGACCAAUAGGGAUUGGGUUCAGACCUCACUAUGCGAAAUAUCCAUUGCAAGCAGGUAAUGUGAUCUCUAACGAACCUGGGUAUUACAAGACUGGCGAAUACGGUAUUAGAAUCGAGAAUGUGGUUUACGUGACAAGGGAUGAGAAGUUUGACCAAUUUUUGAAAUGUGUCAACAUGACUAGGGUUCCUUAUUGUCGUGAAUUGAUUGAUACUAGCUUGUUGUUACAAGAAGAGAUUGAACAUAUUAAUUCAUAUCAUGAUUCUAUUUGGAGGGAGUUCAAUAGCCAAUUGAAGAAUGAUUGUGUCACAUUAAACUGGUUGAAGAGACAAUGUCAACCAUUAUAA